GGCGGUUUAUCGGUAAUAAUUGCUGGAUGCGAGGGACGGCUAGAGGGGGCACGGUUUAGAAUCGCCAUGGCAGUUCGUUGAAUUAAAUAAUUCAUGUUUUUAUUUAUUUGUUUCACAGAAGCGUGAGGCGUUUUGUUUCCAGCGAGCAGCAUAAGGCUCUCUGCACGACACUGUGCAGUUGCGCGACUGAGAUGCAUUACCACCAUUGACCAAUAAUCAGUAUACUGCGCCGCUUUCGUUACCCAUGUGGUGGUGUUUCUAAUGCGUCUGUCAUGGCAUUUUACUCGGAAGGUCCUGUAGUAUUGCAACACAUGCGGGGAACCUUUAAAGCAACUCGCUGUGCUGUCGAUACCUUUUCCACGCAAUUUGCUCAAGUUACAGCCUCUCAAAACAAGACUGUUGAACUGCUGACGUGAGCUGCUCCUGUGCUCCAGUGAAGAUGAGCGAGCUCAAGGACUGCCCCUUGCAGUUCCACGACUUCAAGCCAGUGGAGCAUGGCAAGGUGUGCCCACGGUACACAGCCGUGCUGGGCCGCUCCGAGGACGAUGGCAUCGGCAUUGAGGAGCUGGACACCAUGCAGCUGGAGCUGGAGACACUGCUGUCCUCCGCUAGCAGGAGGCUCAGAGUGCUUGAGGCAGAGACACAGAUCCUGACGGACUGGCAGGACAAGAAGGGCGAUAAGCGCUUCCUGAAGCUGGGCAAGGACGUGGAGCUGGGUACGCCCACCAAGCACGGCAAGCCCAAGAAGCAGCGGCUGGACGGUAAGGGCAGCCAUGGGACGGGGCCGGGCCCAGGCAGGCCCAAAUCCAAGAACCUGCAGCCCAAGAUCCAGGAGUACGAGUUCACAGAGGAGCCACUGGACGCACCGCGCAUCCCCAAGAACGACGCCCCCAACAGGUUCUGGGCGUCGGUGGAGCCGUACUGCGCUGACAUCACCAGCGAGGAGAUCCGCGUUCUGGAGGAGCUGCUGAAACCACCCGAGGAUGAGGCAGAGUAUUACAAGGUGCCUCCACUGGGGAAGCACUACUCGAUGCGCUGGGCUCAGGAGGACCUGCUGGAGGAGCAGAAGGACGGAGCUCGUGCUGCUGCUGACAGGAAGAAAGGCAUGCUGGGAGCUCUGUCGGAGCUCGACUCCAAGGACGUGGACUCCAUGCUGAAGAAGGCAGAGUCUCAGCACGAGCAGCCAGAGGACGGCACCCCCUUCGGCCCCCUGACACAGCGCCUCCUGCAGGCCCUAGUGGAGGAGAACAUCAUCUCUCCCAUAGAGGACUCCCCCAUCCCCGACGUGUCUGGAAAGGACUUGGGGGCCGAUGGGGCCAGCACUUCCCCCCGCAGUCAGGGCAAGGCAUUCAGCGUGCCCCACACGAAGUCCCUAGAGGCACGGAUCAAGGAGGAGCUGGUCUCUCAGGGGCUGCUGGAGUCGGAGGACCGGCCAGCGGAGGACUCGGAGGACGAGGUGCUGGCUGAGCUGCACAAGAGACAGGCGGAGCUGAAAGCACUGAGCGCACAUAACCGGGCCAGGAAACAAGAGCUGCUGAGGCUGAGCAGGGAGGAGACGAAGCGCCAGGAGCUGAGGCAGAGGGUGCGCAUCUCCGAUAACGAGGUGAUGGACGCCUUCCGCAAGAUCAUGGCGGCGAGACAGAAGAAGCGCACGCCCACCAAGAAGGAGAAGGACCAGGCCUGGAAAGCACUGAAGGAGAGGGAGAGCAUCCUCAAACUUCUCGAUGGGUAGAGACACCCUCCCCUACUCCCUACCCACUACCAUCUACCAUUCAUAGACUCCAGAAGCUACAGACUGAUCACUCCACACAGUGAGCCGCUAGCUUUCCCAAGUGCAUGGGUUUUUAUAAUCAAUUCAACAACCCUUUCAAAGACGACCCCUGUCUGUCCACCGGGUGUUACUGUUGUGCCAUGCAGGCUGAGGAGAGUCUCUUCUGUGACUGAGUGUGAAAUCUGACAUUUUGUUUUUAAACUGAGAGUCCAAAUCUCUAAUUGUGAUAUUUCAUGUAUACCAGCAGCUGUUAUUUUAAGAGACAUUUUUGUAAAACCAGGAUUGAUUUCUGAAAAACCAGUUAAAAAAACACACCACCCUGCUGCAUGUUGUGCGUGCGCAUGCACAUUGAGGUACCGCUGCCUUCACAGUGGUUUUGUUUGGUGUUGCGUGUGCGUGCGUGU